AGUUUUUCUUAAACAAGUGUUAGUGCUGUUGUAUUACUAAACGUAAUUUAUGUUUAUAAAAUGUGCGGUGGUUUUACUUGUUCAAAAAAUGCUCUUAUCGCUCUCAACGUCUUAUAUAUCGUGGUAGCGUUUGUAUUGAUAGGAGUAGCAGUAUACGGACGUGCCGCUACUUUGGUAACAAACUUACCAAUAGUCGGAGGUAUUUUAGCAUGUGGUAUAAUACUGAUGUUAAUAUCGGUCUUAGGACUGUUGGGAGCCGUAAAACACCAUCAAGUCAUGUUAUUUUUCUAUAUGGUUAUAUUAUUUCUUUUAUUUCUAAUACAAUUUUCUGUGGCUUGCGCUUGUCUUGGAGUGAAUCUGGAACAACAGACGCAAUUAGCCGAAGAAGGUUGGAAAAGGGAGAAGAAUAUAACGAGAUCUAAUGUACAGAACGUGUUUAGUUGUUGUGGAUUCGAUCAGAAAGUCGAUAAGGAGGUUGUACCCCCUGAUUAUACCGCCAUAGAGAAUCGUUUAUGCGUCGAUCCUAUUACAACUUGUCAUUGUCCUAAUUGCAUGGAAAAGUUACAAAAUACUAUUAAUUACGCUUUCAAAUUGUGCGGUUGGAUUGGGUUGUUUUUCAGCUUUACAGAGUUUAUGGGUGUACUACUAACAGUUCGUUAUCGUAAUCAGAAAGACCCACGAGCCAAUCCGAGCGCUUUUCUCUAGUGAAAUCUAACGGGUGGGUUUCGCAUUUAUAUUAACGAUUUAGUAGAAAUUUUUAAUGCCGAAACUAAAAUUUGAACGUUUUUAUAGUUGAUAGGUUUGGUUUGGACGAGGCAUUAUCGUAAUCUGCAUGACCCGAACGAACUGAGAGCAACGGCGGUCUUUCCAAAGCACAACUUUACGUAUUGAAACCUAGUCUCGUAUAAAUUUUUUUUUUAUGUUUUCCCGUAGCCAUAUAAACCAAAGAUUUUUUUUACCCUCUAUUUUCUAUAUAAUGUGUAUUAUAUGCGUGUAAAUCUUUGUAGAUAUAUAGAAAAUAGUUUCUAGCAAUAUUUCGACGGUAUGCUGCAGUUUGUUUUUUGAUUCUGGUUGUGAUUCUUAAAAUUGGCCGUGUUGGUACCACUUUUUUGGUUGGUACCACUUUUUUUGUAUACGUGCAUACGUUUUAAUUAGUGUUAUCAACCAAUCCACAUAUUUCGUCAGGUUUUUUAUAUUUUGGUGUACAAAAUGGUGUCCUACAAUCCAGUUACUAUUCCAACAGUAUUUUCAAUAUAUUCCUUCAUAUCUUCCUAGAGUUCUUUGGGCUCCUUAUCCAUCUGUAAAGGUGCAUAAAUGCCUCAAGUGUCUUAAAAGUCACGUCAUCUUGAACUUGAUGUGUUCUUGUAUGAUUUUCAACGUUUCCUGACUUCCUUCUUUGUCUUCUGUAGGUUCCUUAUGCUCCUUGUAACAUCUGAGGAUCUGUUUUGGUCUAAAAUUGCUUUGGGUUCCUCUGGAUUCGCACCUGUUUGAAUUUAUUCGACUUUUGCAGGAUUUUCGACGAAUCCUGAUUCAUUUUCAUUCUCUUCUUUGUGUUCUUUGGGUUCCUUUUAACACCUGAGGAUCUGUAUCGGUCUAAAAUUGCUUUGGGUUCCUCUGGAUUCGCACCUGUUUGAAUUUAUUCGACUUUGGCAGGAUUUUCGACGAAUCCUGAUUCAUUUUCAUUCUCUUCUUUGUGUUCUUUGGGUUCCUUUUAACACCUGAGGAUCUGUAUCGGUCUAAAAUUGCUUUGGGUUCCUCUGGAUUCGCACCUGUUUGAAUUUAUUCGACUUUUGCAGGAUUUUCGACGAAUCCUGAUUCAUUUUCAUUCUCUUCUUUGUGUUCUUUGGGUUCCUUUUAACACCUGAGGAUCUGUAUCGGUCUAAAAUUGCUUUGGGUUCCUCUGGAUUCGCACCUGUUUGAAUUUAUUCGACUUUGGCAGGAUUUUCGACGAAAUCUGAUUCAUUUUCAUUCUCUUCUUUGUGUUUUUUGGGUUCCUUUUAACAUCUGAGGAUCUGUAUCGGUCUAAAAUUGCUUUGGGUUCCUCUGGAUUCGCACCUGUUUGAAUUUAUUCGACUUUGGCAGGAUUUUCGACGAAUCCUGAUUCAUUUUCAUUCUCUUCUUUGUGUUCUUUGGGUUCCUUUUAACACCUGAGGAUCUGUAUCGGUCUAAAAUUGCUUUGGGUUCCUCUGGAUUCGCACCUGUUUGAAUUUAUUCGACUUUUGCAGGAUUUUCGACGAAUCCUGAUUCAUUUUCAUUCUCUUCUUUGUGUUCUUUGGGUUCCUUUUAACACCUGAGGAUCUGUAUCGGUCUAAAAUUGCUUUGGGUUCCUCUGGAUUCGCACCUGUUUGAAUUUAUUCGACUUUGGCAGGAUUUUCGACGAAAUCUGAUUCAUUUUCAUUCUCUUCUUUGUGUUUUUUGGGUUCCUUUUAACACCUGAGGAUCUGUAUCGGUCUAAAAUUGCUUUGGGUUCCUCUGGAUUCGCACCUGUUUGAAUUUAUUCGACUUUGGCAGGAUUUUCGACGAAUCUUGAUUCAUUUUCAUUCUCUUCUUUGUGUUCUUUGGGUUCUUUUAACACCUGAUGAUCUGUAUCGGUCUAAAAUUGCUUUGGGUUCCUCUGGAUUCGCACCUGUUUGAAUUUAUUCGACUUUAGCAGGAUUUUCGACGAAUCCUGACUCUGUUUCCUUUUUUAUAGUCUUCAGGAUCCUUCCAACACCUUAGGGCCUAUAAACGUUUGUAGUUUUUUUAGGUUCCUCUGGAUUUUUUCGUAGUUUUGAUGAAUUAGUUCAGCUCCGGGGUUCUUCAGAGCCUUUAGUUACAUCUAAUUUCAACUUAACAUAUUUUGGAAAGUGAUUUUUGAGUUCUUCGAAGACAUUAAGAUAUUUCGAGUCACUUUCUGACAAUUUAUUCGAAUUUUCUAAAAUAUAAAGUGACUUGUAACAAAAUCUGGCGAAUAUAGUGGUCUAGAUGACAUCGGGAAAGUUUGUAGGUUAAUUUAUUGGUUCCUAAAAUCCCAGUGGACAAAUUUUUUUCUACUACGACUGAUUUGGUGUUGAAUUUUUUUUAUUUCUUUAUUCUGUUUUAAGACAUUCCAGUGUGUGUUGUAAAUUCGAGUGAAUUUCGCCAUUUCUGUUUUUUUUUUCCAUUUAAAAAAAUAUCUUUCGACGCUUCGCUCUCUUUUUUUGCAAUUCUUCCUGCUUACCAAGUGAAAAUUGCGGUAAUUUCAAAAUAUAGUGAUGAAAUUUGAAAAAAAAAGACAGAAAUGGUUUUUUUUUACAAUUUGUUAUGCCUCUUUUUUGUUCUGUUUAAUUUUAGAAUAAAUAUUACGAUCAAAUCAA